UCAGUUUGGUCGGUACAAAAUGCUGCGAUCGACCUCCCGUGGGCUUAGUUUGUGAGACGCCUCCGAAGCGGCAAGUAGUUGGUAGCAUUGCAGUCGCAUUGCAUUGUUGCAUUCUCGUAGAACCGAAAACCGAGAAUCGAGUGUCGAGAGUCGAGAAUCGAGACUCGUGAGUUCAUUCAAAAUUAGAAACGUUUGCCGCGCAGCUGUUUGCUGCCCAAAAAGACUUGGUGUAAAAGAAAUUCAGUUCGUUUCUCAUGUUAAUUUUAACAUUUAAAGAAAAAUUUGACAAGCGAAUGGGAAAACAAAAAUAAAACGCAAAAAUCAACGUGAACUAAACUAAAAUAAAGCAUAAGCAUAAGCAUAAAGCAUAAGAAAAAACGCAAAAUUAGAAAAUAGAACAAAAAGAUAAAGCACAGAGAACGCAACCAAAGAACUAACAAAAAAGUGAAAGUGAAAAAGACAACAACAACUAAAAGGAAACACAGAAAAAAAACAACGUUUUGCAGUUGCUUUCGUUGUCGCCUGUCUACCUUCUAUCCGUCUAUCUGCUAUCGCUCAUCGCAAUUCCCAUUGCCUUUCGUCGUUUUUGAGAUCCGUCUAUUCCGUAUUAUCAGUGCUACUGGAUAAGGAGGAGCCGAGCACAGUCGUCCCAGUGUCAGAGGGUGUACAUCGUGUUAAUGCACUCGAGAUCGUUCGACAAUUGACUGCAACAAUUUCUAUAUGCAUACAUAUGUAUAUGUAUAAUUAUAUAUAUUCAGUUUUAUAUGGCAAAUCCAAAUCGCGACUUUUGUGAUUGCAAUUUCAAUUGAACGAUUAAUUGACGUAGAUUAUAAAUAGAUUGGCAUACAGACUCAGUUUUCAAAGCCAAGUUCAGUGUCAAAAUGUGCACAGCAUAAUAUUCAAUUCGAUUCCCCAUUCGUUAAAAGUUUCAAGUGAAUUCGUAUUCAUUUAUAUUUAAAACUAGCACAGAUUUUUAAUAUUAUUUGAACUCUUAUCAAUUAUUUGAACCCAGCAUUUACUCUGUUUGGGGCUUAAAAUCCAUUUAUUUUGAGUUUCGUGAGAUUUGUGUAUAAGCUGUGAUAAAACAAAAUGACCAAAUCAAAGGAUAGUAAGCUGGAGAAGACGAGGGAGCUUAUCAGCGAGCAGGGAAUGAAGGAUUUGCUCACAAAGCAGCUGGAAAUCGUUGGCAGUGGCGGUGCAUUUGUCUGGGCCAUCUUUUUUCUGUGCGUCACCCCCAACAUAUUGAACGGCUUCCAUGUGUCCUCCUACACACUGCUCGGUCACCUGCCCGACGAUCAGUGGUGUGGCAUUGAUGAUCUUAGGGCGACCAACUGGACGCUGGAACAGAAACGCAGCAUAACGGAUCGGGAGCUUAAGCCGGGCGGAUGUGAGGUUUGGGAUUGGGAUUACAAGCAGCUGAGUCGCAUGUCCUUCGACGAGGCCUUGAACUUCACCAAUCGCAUGUCUCAGAUCAAUAAACCCGCUGUUGUCAACUGCAAGGUGAAGGGCAACUACGAGUAUCUGAACCCGGAGAGCACAUUUGUAGCGGAUUGGGAGCUGACCUGUGAUCGCAGUAUUCAACGGACUUCCGCACAGGUUUCCCUAUCUCUCGGCAAGUUCUGUGGAUCGUUCUCCUUUGGCAUUCUUGCCGACAAAUUUGGUCGCAAGACAUCGUUUACGUUGGGCGCCGCCUUCUUCAUUGUGGGCAGCUUCAUGUGCAGUUUCUCCCCCUGGUAUAGUCUCUUUUUGAUCGGUCGUUUUGCCCUGGGCGCCGCCUCAUCGGGUCUAUUCUAUCCAGCGUUUACAAUGAUUGUUGAAAACAUUUGCCUCAAGCAUCGUUCCUGGAUGUCCAUUGCUUUCUCUGCCUCGUAUCCUGUGGGCAUGAUCCUGCUGGCCAUUACAGGGUAUCUGAUACAGCCCUGGCGCUAUCUGCAACUGGCACUGACCAUACCCUCGCUGCUAUUGAUACUCAACUGCUAUCUGAUGAAUGAAUCACCACGCUGGCUUAUCACAAAGCAGCGAUAUGAUCGCGUCUACCAGAUUCUCUUCAAACAGCCAAGUCACUAUGAGGUCCAGUCCGCAAUUGCGCCAGCAACCGAAAUUGUCAGCGAUAAGAAAACACUGGAACCGACUGUAAAUGAUUCUCUGUGUCAAAAGCUAAAGAAUGGUCCACUCAAGUCAAUCAUAGAGCUCUACUCCAAUCCGAAAGUACGCAAACUAAUCUUCACUUCGUACUUUAUGUUCUGUGUAACCUCGCUGAGUUACUAUGUGACAGCCUUGAAUGCAUCCAAUCUUUCUGUUAGUCGUUAUCUGUAUAUUAUAGCCACCGGAGUGGUGGAUAUACCCUCGUAUUUGGUGCCCGUAAUUAUGCUUCGUUUUACGGGUCGUCGGAUAACCACAAUGUUCCUCUUCAUGUGGACGGGAAUCUCUUUGUUGCUGGUGCUUGCUGUUCCCACGGGCAGCACAACGUGGAUCGUUUCAUUUGCAAUGCUGGGUCGCUUUGGCAUCAGUGCCACCUACUCGGUUGUGACUCUAUAUACGGCGGAACUCUAUCCCACUGAGAUUAGGAACUCCGCACUGGGCACGUGCUCGACAUGGGCCCAUGUGGGUUCGAUUUCAGCACCCUAUGUAGUCGAUGUGCUGGGCGCAUUGGGCUGGUACAUUCCAACAACCAUUUGUGGCUGCUGCGUUCUAGUAGCAGGUCUCCUAACCCUUACACUGCCCGAAACGGGAACGGGUAAGCUUGUCGAUAAGGUUGGGGAUGCGUCCGUCUCAAACGAGCAGAACGAGAAGGCUGAAAAGCAGUAAGAUCGAACCAUAACGCAAUGGUUCUAUUAAGCUUAGUUUAGUUAGCUUAAUUACCCUCCCAUAUUAUGUAUAUCGUAAUUGUAAUUGUAAUACUACCAGUACUCUAGACUUAAGCUCUCUAUACGUAAUUGUUGUUAUUUUUUAUUAAUAUUCCUUGCAUUGUCGUAGCAUACUCGUAUAUUCGUAAAUGUUUUCUGUUUGAUAACAUAUAAUCAAUAAAUUAUACAUAUAUACAUACAUAUAUAUAGCCACAUA